UGGCGAUGGAAUUGUUUGCUGAACGAAAUUGCGGUCGUUUGGAAAAGCGUAAUUACGGAUUACGUACAUCGCGCGAGAUGAAAGCAGGGGUACCGCGGACGAGCACAGCCACAUGUGGCUUUCAACAUGCUUCGCCAAGAGAUCUGGGACCAGGGGGCCCCACAAGGGAAACGGCUGCCCCGCAAAAGAUUGGAAAUUCUGCCGCCCAAAUUUUUAGAAUCUCGAGAUGUGUUGACCGCCUUCAAGAGCUGACCUGUAGGUGAGGAGCUGCGUCCUUCUUCAGUGCUUCAUCCUCCCCGCAUCAGUCUCUAUCAACAAUGUCUGCGACAACAACAGAAACCACGAUGGCGUCGGCGCCAGCGACCACCGCAAGUAAGCCCUUGGGCAUGCGCGUAAAUGGCAAGCAAUGGCAUGCCCCAAAGAAGGCGUUCCGCCCAACCAAGGGUUUGACCUCGUAUGAGGCGCGCGUCAAGUUGAGAGCGGACCAGGCAGCGAUGAAGGCAAAGGAGAAGGAAAUGAAGGAAGAAAAGGAGGCUGAGCGCAAGGCACGAAUGGAGGCCCUCAAGGCGAAGCGCGCGGCGAAGGAGGAGAAGGAACGAUACGAAAAGAUUGCCGAGAAGAUGCACAAGAAGCGGGUGGAGAGGCUGAAGCGCAAGGAGAAGCGCAACAAGUUGAUCAAUUCGUGA